AUGGUUGUUUUUCAUUGUAAUGGAUGUGGUGAAGCACUUAAAAAAAGUCAAGUUGAUAAACAUUUAUUGACUGCAUGUAGAAGUGCACAAUCAGUAUCUUGUGUUGACUGUGGCAAAGAUUUCGGUCGACAAGAAUAUCAAAAUCAUGUCAAAUGUGUUAGUGAACAACAAAAAUAUGGUGGAGCCAAUUAUGUUGCUAAUUCUAAUUCGAAUAAAGGAGAAAAGAAACAAGAAGGAUGGUUUGAGAUUGUUCAAUCAGCCAUAAAUCAAAAUUCUGGGGGUCCACAAGCAAAAAAUUUACUGCAAAAAUUACAAAAUUAUCCAAAUACGCCACGUAAACGAGCAAAAUUUAUUAAUUUUGUCAGUAACAGUAUUAGAGGUUUUCAACCUCGAAUCGUCGAAGAAGUCUGGACAAUUCUUGAAGCAUUACUACCAAAAAUUAUGAAACGGUAUAAAAAAUUGAAACCGUCUGAAGAAAAAGAAUUUAAUGAUAUUGAAAAAAAAUUAGAAAAAAAAUUGCGUCGUGCACCGUUUAUUGAAACAUUAGAUAAUAAUAUUUAUCGAUUAUUGGAUGAAGCUCAAUAG